AUGACCUCGGUCGACCCGUACCCCGCCCCCGGCGGCGGCGGCUCCAUCAGCGACGCCGAGGUCGGCCCCGCGCCGCCCCCCUCCGUCGAACCGCUCUCCGCCCCGGCCGGGUACGACGGCGGCGACGACCCGUCCGUCUCGCUGCAGAUCGAGAUCACCGACCCGCAUCGCGCGGGCGAGGGCCUGUCGAAGCACGUGGAGUACGUCGUGACGUACUGGACGUCCGGCCUACCGAAGUUCGCGAGCGCGUCCGGGCGCGUCGCGAGGCGGUACUCCGAGUUCGAGUGGCUGUGGCGCGCGCUGAGCGCGAGCGCGGACGGCGUGCUCGUGCCCGCGCUCCCGGGCAAGACGCUGAGCGCGCCGCUGAGCGACGACCCGGGGAGCGUCGCGAUCGAGCGCCGACGGCGAGAUCUUGGCGUGUUCGUCGCGCGGAUCGCGCGUCAUCCGCUCAUGCGCGCGAGCGACGACGUGCGGACGUUCCUGGAGGAGAAGGACCGCGGGGCGUGGAAGGAGAGGGUGCCGUGGCACGAGCGCGGGGUCACGUCCGACGCGAUCCGCGCGACGCAGGAAUUUUUCGGCGGCGCGGCAAACGCGCGAGCGUCGUCGUCGUCGUCGGCGUCGUCGUUCAUCGACGUCCCGAACGCGCCGAACGUCACGAACGACGGCAUCGUCGAGGACGCGCGCUUCGUCGAGAUCGGCGAGUACGUCGGCGAGCUGAAGCAGCGCGUCGACGCGCUGUUGGAGGCGACGACGGCGGUGACGAAGCACCACGCGGGCGCGGCGGCGGCGGCGACGGCGUUCGCGGCGGCGUGCGCCGACCUGGACGACGCGGAGUUACGCGCGUGCGCCAACUUCCGCGCGAUGGACGGCGCGUCCGCGACCGUCCCAAUUCGAUGGAGCGCCGCGAGCGCUCUAUUCGCGGCGAGAGCGGCGCCGUCGGACGCGUUGGCUGACGCCGUCGCCGACGCGUUUCGCGAGCCGCUUCGCGCCGCGUCGGCGUUGUGCGCGUCCGCGACGCACGCGCGCGAUCGACGGAGGCAGCUCGUGGACGCGUACAACAAGCUGUGCGCGGAGAUCAGCGCUAUCGACGCGAAGAUCGUGGCGCUCGGCGUGCCCGAGCUCGGGAGCCCGAAGCGAAUGGAGAGGGACGCGCUCGAGCUUCGCGCUUCGGACGCGAGGAUCGCGCGGACGCAUCUCGGGGGGAGGUACUCUCGCGCGGUACUCGUGAGCGACCGCGAGCUGUGUUGGUUCCACGGCGCGCUCGCCGCGAGCAUGGGGGACGCGCUGAAGGCGUACGUCGCGUCGCACGGCGCGGCGGCGGGGCGGGCGGCGCGCGCGUUGGCGGACGCGCGCGAGGGAUUGCGGGACGCGACGGCGGCGCCGCCCGACGCGUUUCUUCCGCCGCGAUGA